AUGCCUGUCGAACGACACCCGCUCGAGCCGUCCUCGUGCGAUGCUUUAGGCGAUGGUAUGUGUAUCACCAUGCGUGUAGCAUGGCUGACCAUAGACCGGCUCAGAAGUGGCCGAGACAUUCGCCUCUCGACCGCGACCAUGAGAGCACUCAACUCUCGACGCCCACGGCCACCGAGCGUCCGCAGUCUCGCGACGCGACCGAUUCUCUGUUUCCUCCUUCUGCUCUGUGUCCUCCAUAACGCACUAGCGCGAAGUGUGCCGCAUGACGGGGACGACGACCGCCGGGUGGACCAAGUGCACGGCAAGAUUUCGGCAACGCCGGAUCUCGACGGACGAGCGGAACGGCCAGCGCCGGCGGAAGAUGCAGAGGCGCAGCGAAGAAGCCUGACGGAGGACGCCUACGCCGGGCAGGAGGGCAACAAGGACGACGGUGGUGGUGUCGACGAAGGCGGAGGAUACUCGACGGAGGAGCGACGCGACGUGGCAGCCGAGAAGAUUCAAAUCGACGUUGCCGUCGACGAAGGUAGCGUGGCGAAGAAGAGACGAAGAAACGACGUGAGCCUCGCCGGCGGUAAGUCUGUGUUGCAGGACGGCGGCGAGGGUGCGCCGCAGGACGAGGGUAUUCGGCGAUUCGAUGCGCAGAUCGUCGAGGCCGACGACGGCGAGGAACUGGGUCAGCGGAGGAUCUUGGACGACGCUAUCGCUGAGGACACCUCGCAUCUUCGGGAAGACUCCAUCGAGCGUCAGAGAGUAUUGAUCGAUGUGAAACGCUCGCGCGUGAACGUGAAGAAUGCAAACCGUCCCGACGACGACGACGACGACGACGAGGACGACGACGACGACGAGGACGACGACGGGGCGCGGCCGGAAGAGGAGAGGUACGGGAGGAUCUCCGGCGGUCUUGGCGAGAAGCUCGAGGACAUCGCGAGUUCGGCGGAGAAGAUAGAUCGGGACACGUCUGAGGAACAAGUGGGACAGGCGAAGAGUUCAGCGGCGGUCAACGUGGACGAGGCGCGGAUCGAGAAGAUCGACGGAGUGAGCGAGGAGGUGCGCAAUGACCUCCGCAGCUUGGAGCUCAGCGACUCGGGCGACAGCGAGGAGGGGAACCCUGAAGAAGAGCGCGUCGUCGACCGAGUCGCCACGACGGAGGCUGAAACCGGGCUGAAGGGACAGGAUGUGAACAGCAGGGAGCAUAGGCACUUGGUCGGAACACCAGGCAAGCCCAAGUACAAGAGCUCGACCGUGUACCUGAGCGCCGAAGAGGACGGUUCGCCAGGUCGCGACCAAGAGUCGAUCGUGAACGGUCAGAUAAAGAAACUGAUAUCCAUACGCGACGACGCUCUGGAGCUGGCGGGCAACGGCGUGAGAGCCGCGGAGAAGUCGGCCGAGGAGGAGGCUCUUCUCUCGGGGAAGUCGGUGGAGAUCGACGUGGUCGGCGGCGAGGAAAACGAGGAGAUCCGCAAUCAACGCAGCAGCGACGCGAAGAACGACACGUCCGAGGAGCUCGAGCCGAUGCCGUCUUCGACGACGGGGACCGGUCCUGACCGUCUGCAAAGAUGGAAGGAUCAGGCGGCGAUGUUGCAGGAGCAGAUCAGAAACCGGACGUUCCUGCAACAUCUGAGGGAGCAGGCGGUCGAGGUUCUGCCCGACGUGCCGAAGUUCACGGAGAAUCAGCUGUUGGAGAGCUUGCGAGGUAUCUGGCAGUCGCGCGCGGGAGCGCUGUCCGACGAGACGUACUCGGCGUCCUUGAACGCGAGCGCCCUGAGCAACGUGCAACUGGCGAUAAUCAAGUGCGCCGAGCAGCUGAUAGAGGCGAAGCAACGUCCGUCCUUCGUGGAGAACAUGACGGAGUGCAUACGCGGCCUCAGCGUGCUGAAUUGCCUGCGCAUCUUCGUUUGGCCGAUCGUGAUCGACAACAUACCGGAGUCGGUCAGCCAGACCUUCGGCAGCUUACCGAUCGAGAUCGACCUGCCCGACCUGUUCCAACGACCUGUUCGGACGAAGACGACGCGAGCGGAGGACAGCGUGCACCGCGCGAGACUGCUCACGCCGGAGUCCGUCGUGUUCGCGAUCCUGAGGAGCGCUCUCGACUCGAAGACCACGUACGAUCAAAGCCCGACUUACAUCGACUCGAGGAACGAGACCCUGAGGAGGCUGCUCACCAUCGGCCAACUGCAGAUCCUGCAGAUGGCCGAGAAACUGUUGCCCGGCGAGGCACGUCGCGAGUACUCCGACAGGAUGUUCUCGUGCGUGCGCAGGUUCGAGUACUUCAGCUGCGUCAAGUACUUCGCCUGGCCGAUGGUCAGGCGGUACUAUCCGGACCUGCAGGACUUCCCGGAUUAUCAGGCGUGGUACCCGUCCAUCGCCUUUUACCCGCAGUACCCAAUCGUGCCGUUCCCCAGCUUCGUGGAGACGACGGGUGAGCUGCCGGAGGUCGUGGACGCCGACGCCACGAGAAUGAGGAAGCCGAAGCCGGAGGCGGUGAUCGUCAACAUCCUGCAAAACACUCUGAGGGAGCACGCCAAGGUGCCACCGCCGUCCGUCGCUCAUAACGCCGCCGAUUCUUACGUCGCCUUGCUGCCGCCGGAGCAAUUGUUGUCGAUCCACAUGGCCGAGCAGCUACUCCCCACCUCGUAUCGACCGGACUUUGUUCAGAAGACCGUCAAGUGCAUUCAGGAGUUCAAUUACAUGACCUGCAUCAAGUAUUCCACCUGGCCGACGGUCAAGCAGUUCAAUCCCGGUCUGCCGGAUAUCACCGGUUGGUUGCCAGACUGGUCGUUCCCGAGUGUCUUCGGCUCCUACCUACCGCAAUUCCCAAGCUUCUCCGACAUCACCUCCUUCAUACCCGGCUUCGUUGGCGUCCCAGCUGGGCCGCCCAGCACCGAGCAACCGCCGCAAUCUGUCGAUGCCUCCGAGCAACAGCCUCCGGUCGAGCAGGGCCAGUCCGGUCGACUUCCCGGCUUGCUGUUCCGUCAACAACAGCAAGAGAGCGUCCCUCCCAAAGCGUCCAGCGAGCUGGAGAACAGGAUCACCGAGAUCCUCACGAGAGUGCGUAAUUCCUUGAAGGCGAUACCGGAGAACUCGCAGAACUUGAUCAUCAGCGGCAACGUCAUCGUCCUGACGACCAUCACCGACAAGCAAAUCAACAUACUCAAGUUAGCGGAGAGUAUUCUCCCGCCUUCGGCUCGGGCGCCGCUCGUCACUCAGGUCUUCUCUUGCCUCCAGACGAACGAUUUCAUCAACUGCACCAGAUACGUCGUCUGGCCUACGAUGGCUCACUACGUGCCAAAUUUGCCAGAGUUCCCUAGUCCGGCGCUGAAUCGACAGCCACCGGAGGGUCAAGAGGGUCAAGAGCAGGCGCCGCCGAGGCGCGAGGACGCGUCGCAUCGGAUCAACGCGGAGGAGCAGGAGCGGCAGGAGCAGUGGGACGAUUCGCAGCACGCGGCUGAUCGCCCCGACGUGAAGAUCAUCUCCAGGACCAAGUACCCGCAGAGCAACGGCCCGGUGAUCAGCGUGACCGGCACGCGGUUCGUGCCGAUAUUCACGGAGCAUCCUGAAUCGGUGAUACUCAACAUCCUCCGUUCGCUUCAGUUGUCCCCGCCCGACGCGCAAGGCUAUCAGAGCGCCGGCAAGGUCGCUGGCGCGCAGCAGUUCGCCGAGCUGUUCAACGACCAGCAGGAACACAUCCUCAGGGCCACGGAGGACCUGCUGCCCGACGCUGCCCGUCCUACCUUUGUCGAGCGGAUGACCGAGUGCGUUCGCAAGAGCAGCUUCCUGGUGUGCUCGAGAGAGGUAUUGUGGCCGACUUUGCUGGAGUACUUCCCUCGACUGCCCAGCUUCCCGAAUUUCGGAGCGCAGCCGCAGGCGACCGACAGCGAGCCCGCGUUGCCGCAGAACCUGACGGACACGUCGCCCUUCUCGGAGACCGACGUCAAGGUCGGCCAACACGGAGACGCCAGGGUCACGAUCACCGACACGAGGUUCUACCCGAUCUUCACGGAGCAUCCGGAGGCUGUGAUCCUCAACAUCCUGCGAGCCGUGCAGCACGCCACUCCGAGCCACCUGAAGCCCGUGAUCAGCUCGAAGUCGCCGGAGAUCGCGUCUUACUUCACGGAACAGCAGGGUAACAUCGUUCAGAUCGCCGAGAGCCUGCUUCCGGAGUCGGUCAGGCCGGUCUUCGUCGAGAGGAUGGUCACUUGCGUCCGCGAGAGCACGUUCCUCGAGUGCACCCGGGACAUCGCCUGGCCGACGAUCGCCCAGUUCUUCCCACGGCUGCCGAACUUCCCGAAUUUCGGCAGGCCGCAGAGCUUGCCGCGGACGAAGGUCGACCUGUCGUCCGUCCUGCUGCGAAACGCUUACUCGGCGGAGAGUCCACGGCCCGAUGUUCAGGACACGCCGAAGGCGAGCGCCAUGGAGAGCGUGGAGGACAAGAUAGAGGCUGUGCUGAAGGAGCUGCUGAGCAAGGAGAGCGCGCCGGCGCGUCCGGACACGUCCUACCUGGACAUGAAGAACCCCACGGUGGGCGACCUCUUGACCGCUCGGGAAAUGAACAUCGUGCAGCUGACGGAGAAAGCGAUACCGGAUCCCCUGCGUCGCGCUUACGUCACGAAUAUGCUGGAGUGCGCGAGGAGCAACAACUUCGUGACCUGCACCCAGUACAUCAGCUGGCCGACCUUGAGGCAGUUCUCACCGGCUCUGCCGAGCUUCGACCAGCUGUUCGGCCAAAUUCCCGGCAUCAGUCAGUUUCCCGAUAUCACGGGACAGAUACCCGCUGAUAUCUCUGGACAGAUCCCCGGCUUCCCCGGCGGGGUGGGAAGCUACCCUUUCGCCGAGCUGCCCUCUCAGAUCGCCGCCGGGAUACCGGCUGGAAUCCAAGCUGGGAUUCCGAUGAUACCGGGCGGGUUUCCAGGUAGCGGCAUAUCAGACGCGAUUCAAGCUGGCGUUCCUCAGUUUCCAGGACUCGCCGAGAUACCCGGCCUGGGCGGGACUUUCGGCGGGGGUUUCCCGUUUGGAAAACGCCUGGCGAGCAGCCCACCGGGGACGAAGUUGCGGGAGCAGGCGACCAUCAUCCCCCACCAGCCGAGGCUCCCGCCGGACGCUGAACAGACGAGCCAGAUAAGCGGAGUUUCGCUGGCUGCGGACACUCCGUCAGUAGGCGAGCCAAGAAUCGUCCCCGGGUACCUUGGACAGCCGUCCGACAUCCUCGUAGAUAUCUCCGAGGAGAAGAUCCGCUUGUCCGACAUCGAGCAACAACGAGGUCCGUCGCCGGAGUCCGUUCUCUCGGACGAAUCGUCGAAGAAACGCGAGAGGAGACGACGCAGGAGCGCCGAGCGGUUGUCCGACUUCUACUACGAGACCGACCGAGGAGAGGCGACCGAACGGGUAUCCGGGACAAUGAAUAAUCCCGCUUUCCCGAACAUCACGGAAUCCGAGUUUCUUCAGCUUCUAGUUAAUAUCUCGCGAGCCAAGGCGGCCUCGGAGGAGGAGAAGCUCGAGGGGACCAAGACGAAGUACUUCGUGGACACGCUGAACUCCACGGUCAGGAAUUCUCUCACCGCCGACCAGUACGAGAUCCUGAAGAUCGUCGAGGGGCUGAACGAGCACACCGUCAGUCGCGACUUCCUGUCGCAGCUGGUCCGAUGCAUACGCAGCUUGAGCUUCAUCAGGUGCAUGGGCAUCUUCGUGUGGCCCGUGGUCACCAGCACCGUGCCGUCUUUGCUUGGCUUACCGUCCUUGCCCUCGAUCCCCGGUCUUGGUCUCCUCGGCAGGUCGACCGAGUCCGAGUCCGAGCAGAUGGAGAACUUCUUCGGCAUGUCCGUGGGCGACUUUGAGGAAGAACUGUUGGCGAGGAAGGAAUCGGUUGAGAAUACCCUCCUGGAUUGGUACGAGAGACUGAUGAAGGAUAAGUUUCAGACGAACAUCGGCUUCCUGAGGGUGAACGGCUACGGGAACGGCGAGGUGGGCAUCAGUUUCAGCGGCUUUCGCGAAGGCAGAGCCACUAAGAUCAAGGACAACAAGAAUCUGCCGAGUAUCCUGACGAUCAUCAGCGACAUCAUGGAGGAGGUGCUCGAUCAGCGGCCGGACAACGAGAAGCUCAAGAAGGACAAGGAGAAGCGAGAGCGGAGCCUCGACGACAUGCAGGAGGCGGACAUCCAGCUCCUCCGAGACAGCGACGAGUACGCCGAUAUUAAGCGCUCCAUGAACGACGAUCAGAUCAUCACCAUGUUCUUGGACAAGAUCAAGGCCAACGCGAGCGAUUACGCCGACGGCGACGUCACUCAAUACCUGAGCAUGGAGGACGCUUACAAUGCCUUCGGCGUGCUCUUCGGCACUCGGCUGAACGAUAAGUUUGCCAGUCGACUGAAAGCCUUCACCGACGAGCAUCACCUGAGGAGCAUGAACAGAGAGGAGACUCCCGGAGAGGACCGCACGGAGGAACCCAGCGCGGAGGGAUCGAAGGCGACACCCUCGAAAGAAGAGAAGACAUCCCACGACCUCGAGAAGGAGCCCACGGAGGGUGGUGAAGAGGAGCGCAAGCGCGAGCAUCGCGCGAAGAGCGAAUUCUUCAAGUCUUUCUUGGGCAAGUACUCGGACAAAUACGCGAGGGACGUCGCCGCGGAGAAGUAUGACAAUACCGAGCACGACAACAAGUUCAAGGAUACCGCCGCCGGGUCGUCGUCUGCCCACAAGGACACGUGCUCGGAAUUGAGGCUGCAGCUGCCGAGUCUGCGGGAGGACGUGAUAUCCCGGAAGAUCACGAGCACGGUGAUCCAACUCGGCAGAGCGAUGAAGCUGAAGAUGAGCAACAUGAUGCCCGGGAUUGGCUUCGUCAUAUCCUUCCUCAUCCAGACCGCGUUGGCUCACGCGAGGGCGGCCGCGUCCAUGGCCGGGAUGAUCAGCAACAUGGCCCUCGCGUCAGCCGUGUUCGGCAUGCUCCGGCAGAGUCUGUUCGGCUCGGACAACCCGAAAGUCAAGUACGUCUACGACAACGACAAAACCGCUCCCGGUAUCACCUGGCCGCAGCAUCAGGACACCUAUUAUCAUAGGAAAUAGCGCCGACCCGCCCGAUCAGGCCCAUUUAUCACGCUGUAUUAAAAUCUCAGGCACAUGCUAUAUAAACGCCUCGUUAAGAGUAUUAAGAAAAAAAAUAUAUAUAUAUAUAUACGCGCACACACACACACACACACACGUCUUCGUCGCGCGUGCACUCGCAAACCCGAGUGUGUUAUUUUGACGCGUACAAGCUGAAGCUUCCUUUACGCGUAUCUUGUCGUCUGAAAUCACGUCGUUGUUGAAACGCGUUAAGUGAAAUAUCGAAAUGCAUCAAAUGACGUGAUUUCAGACACGACAAGAAACGCGUGAAGAAAGCUUCGGCUUAUACGUGUCAAAAUAACACACUCGGGCUUUGCGGUGUGUCGACUCUCCUCGAGGCAUAGCAGCGACAUAUCGAGUUGUAUUGGGUCAGCUUUAACUUUUCUCUCGUUCUCUUUUCCUUAUUUGCGCUUUUUGCUCUUUUUGUGUUUUACGCGUCGCGUCGCGCUCGCGAAAUGUCGCGGAGAUCAUUCCGAAGUGUUUACCGCGCGACGCGCGAUUCUCGGGAGGAUUCAGCGCCCGCUGAAGGAUACGGAGAACCGAUCGGAAAAAGCAAAACUAGUUUCCCGGACGCGUUUCUCGUUGCGUUUCGCACGAGAUGAAAUCUCGCGCGGUUUAACGCUCGUCAGCCACGCGGCCCUUUUAUGCGCAGGAUGUGCAUUAUCCUCUCCCUUUCCCUAAGUUUAGGAUAGACAAUUUUAGAGCCUGAAGAAACGGUGUUCUCGGUGGAUGGUUGUGGAAACGCUCCCUCGCAUCUCGAUCGCGUGAUAGAAUAAACACACACACGCCAUAUUCGUAGCAGAUAUUUAUUUCGUUCAUUGUUAUGGGGAUUUUUUCCAUAUUUCUCUUCCCUUUUUAAGGUGGCGGCUGACACUUCGUAUCUUCUUAAGGGUCAUAUUAAUAUUAGCACGGCAUUAAACGAUCGUGCGUCGAGCACGAUCGUAUCGCAAUAUAAAUAUCGAAUUAUCAGCAUAUAGAUCUUAAGGCAGUCAUGCUCUCUGACGAUGUCUGAUUAAUGUCUGAUUGAAAAUAAAUGAUGUGUACUCUCACGCAUGUAUCCGCUACUGUAUCCCACCGUAUACCAUCCCCGUCAUCAAUUGAUACGUCAUAUCGCUCGACUUAUCUGUUUUUCACUCUCGCUCUCUCUCUCUCUCUCUCUCUCUCUCUCGCUCUCUCUUUCUUUCUUCCUACGCUAUGUACGCUGCCAUUGCUAUUAUUAACGCAUAACCCGCGAAAAGCGCAAAUGCUGAAUCAGCUGAUAACAAUUAAGCGAGGCGUGAUUAAGCGAAUUCUCGAGCGCAGCAAGGGCGUCAAAAGUUAAAUAUUGAUUCUACCGUCUCUCUUUCACCCUCUCCUCUAGUCUAAAACAUUUAUUCCUGCAGUCCUGAAUAAGGAAUAAAUGCGAUAAACGCGAGUUCCUUUGUCUCACUUUGAUGAGCGACGAGAAAAACGCAGAUACGUCAGACCGGAUGAAAAAAAAAUGGCGAAGCCUCGCGUCUCGAUUGCACUCGAAAUCGGUGAACUGCAAGACGAGACGCUUGCACUCUUCCAAAUGCCUGCAAUAUUCUAUAUCGAAA